AUGGGUAGAGUACCUGACGUGGAGGUAAAUGACGCGGGCGCUGAUGCUUCUGGGGAUGCCUAUGUUGGCCUGAGAGAUGGAACCGCAAAUGAUGUCCAGGAUAUGCGGCGGAUGGGCAAACAGCAGCAGCUUCAGCGUAAUUUCAGCUUCCUAUCUAUAUUUGGCUUCUCCAUGAUCUUGAUGAGCACAUGGGAGAGUACUCUCGGAACUGCGGCUUUUGGUUUUGGAAAUGGAGGAACCGCCGGAUUGAUAUAUGUCUAUCUCGGUACUGUCGUUGGCUUCUCGUUAGUGAUCGCGUCAAUGGCUGAGAUGGCCUCAAUGGCACCAACUGCCGGCGGACAAUAUCACUGGAUAUCCGAAUUUGCGCCUCGCAGCUCCCAGAAGUUCUUGUCUUACUUCAUCGGCUGGCUCUGUGUCCUGGGAUGGCAGGCUGGCACCGCAGCCUCAUGCUUUCUGGCAGGUACUGAGAUCCAGGGCCUCGUUAUCCUAAAUUACGACAACUAUUCCCCUCAGCGAUGGCAUGGGACCCUGCUGACAAUUGCCGUCAUUGCAUUGUGCGCAAUUUUCAAUACUCUUCUCGCAAAGCGACUCCCGUUGAUCGAGGGUGUUGUGCUUGUUUUGCAUGUUGCUGGUUUCUUUGCUAUUUUGAUUCCACUGUGGAUUCUAGCUCCACGAUCAACAUCGACGGAGGUAUGGACUAAAGUUGAAGAUGCACAGGGGUGGGGGAAUAAGGGAGUCGCAAGUCUAGUUGGAAUAAUCACACCUGUUGUAUCACUCCUUGGAGCUGAUGCUGCAACCCAUAUGUCCGAGGAGUUGAAGAAUGCGUCAAAAACACUCCCCAAGGCGAUGCUUGCAACUGGAGUAUUUAAUGGCUCUCUAGGCAUCAUAAUGGUGAUUACUUUCUGCUAUACCAUCGGUGAUAUCGAUAGUGUCUUAGCAACACCAACCGGCUAUCCUUUCAUCCAGGUUUUUUAUAAUGCUACCAUGUCCAAAGCAGGCGCUACUGCCAUGACAUCCAUUAUGACCUCCCUUUCUAUCUUCUGCGGUAUGACCAACAUGGCCACCGCCUCGCGACAGCUCUUCGCAUUUGCGCGAGAUAAUGGUGUGCCUUUCAGCCGACACUUCCAAAGAGUUCCGCUUGGAUGGGACAUCCCUCUUAAUGCGAUAUUUUUCACUGUCAUAGUGAGCUCGUUGCUCUCCCUCAUCAAUAUCGGCAGUGUGAUUGCGUUCAAUCAAAUCACCUCACUUGGUCUCUGUGCGCUGCUAUCCAGCUAUAUCGUCUCGAUAUCCUGUAUAGCUCUCAAAAGAAUACGCGGUGAGCCUUUGUUGCCCUCGCAUUUCCGCAUGGGAGCGCUUGGCCUACCCAUCAACCUGCUCUCUAUUGGAUUUCUGUUGUUGGCGUAUGUGUUCUGUUUUUUCCCGCCAGCCCCAAAACCAGCUCUCGACGCGAUGAACUGGAGUGUUGUGAUCUACUUUGGCGUAUUGAUGUUCAGUCUGGUUUACUUUGUCCUUCGUGGAAGACAUACGUAUGUUGGGCCUGUCGAAUACGUGAGGAAAAGCGCCUGA